AUGGGGCUGCGUCUGCCAUGGCGACCCUUACUCUUGCCGGCCUUGACGACGNCCCUUACUCUUGCCGGCCUUGACGACGAUGACAAUACGCGUCAGAUCGGUAACGUUCCUGUUUGUGCUACUGAUGACGGAUUAGAGUUUUAUGCUGUCGGUCGGCUCGUGACGGACAAACCUGUAAAGUUGGCUUUUCUCCGGGAUACUAUGGCGUCUGUAUGGCGGCCUGCGUUUGGUAUGAAUGUUAGAGAACUUCAGCCUAGGCGAUUUCUCUUUCGUUUUUUUGAUGACAAAGACAUCUCCCGGAUAUUUCUCUUUCGUUUUUUUGAUGACAAAGACAUCUCCCGGAUUAUUGAGGAUGGCCCGUGGACGUAUGAACAGAAUCUUCUAAUCCUUCAACGUACCAAUCUAGACGUCGAUCCCGAUUUGGUGGAGUUAGACCAUGCAGAGUUCUGGAUUCAGGUGCAUGGCCUCCCUGCUGGAUUGAGAUCCGAAGCUGUACUAAAUGCUGUAGGGGGCUUUAUUGGUCGUGUGGUACUGAUGGACGAACGGAACUUUGAUGGUUCCAUGAGAAUCUUUUUUCGAAUCCGGAUCGAACUGGAGGUCACGAAGCCUUUGAAGAAGGGCAUGAGGAUUAAGAAAGAUGAUGGUGAAUGGGUAAGGGUGGAAUUUAAAUAUGAGCGUCUGCCAACUUUUUGUUUUAUUUGUGGUGUGCUUGGACACGGUGAUCGCUUCUGCCAUAAGAGAGGCCAUGGAGUGCAUGCGGUUACUGAGAAACAGUAUGGCCCUGAACUGCGCGCUGGUGGUCGGCGCAAUGCUCCCAUGCGUGGCCAAACGUGGGUUGCGCCGGAGACAGUGGUUGAGCGCCGUGAGUGGGCGGCGCCGGGUGCUAGGGUUCAGAAUGAUAUUAAUGGUAAUAGUUCUCAGAAUAUCCUUUCUAAUUCACUUGCCAUGCAGGUUCACGAUUCUUUUACGGAGACCUCACAUGGUAAGUCUGUUAACCAUAAUGAAUCUUCCAGUACAAAGCACAUGACUACCUCACGUGAUAGUUUGGCUAGUCACGAAGGUAUUAUUUUACUUUACGACCAGAAGCGUAAGCGUGCAGAGAAUGAAGAUAAUAACACCGAGGCUGGUGAAGGUAACAUGGAUGUUGAUACUAUUGUGUCAAAAAACUUGUCUUUGGCGGGAGCUGGUGUGGNCUGA